CGUGCCUUUGCCGGUCAACUUGACAUCAGUUUUCCAGCUUGCCUCUUCCAUUGCCCUCCUUCCGUCUUAGGACGUAUCAUACGAAUGGACGUUUUUUAUAACCUACUCGCCGAAUCCGCUACUCCCGGCUUUGGAAAACAGGCCACCUCUUUGCUCGCUGAAGCAGAAACAACCCUCAUCAGGAUGGAAACGGAAUUGAAGGCGCUAUCGGCUGCUUGCGACUUCCAACGAUCCAGAGUUGCGGCUCUGAAAUAUAUUGUGGCCCCGAUCCGAAUUCUCCCCGAGGAUUUGCUCAUCGAAAUAUUCAAACGGGUGGUUAGCGGUUCUCAACAACGACUCGAUUUCGGAUUCGAUAUCAACAUCAGGGGAAUACCGGCUUGCCGUUUCAAGGAAGUCCUUUGCCUCUCUUCAGUGUGCAAUUACUGGCGCCGAGUGCUUCUAGCCACACCGCAUUUGUGGGUUAUGCCCAUGAUUCUCAAUGCCUCGAAUGCCUCGUCGGCUUAUGCGGAAACAACUGCGGUGAUGCUCCAGCGGUCUUUCCCCCACCCGGUAGACAUCUUACUGCACCUUCGGAAACCUCAACACGCGAUGUCCAGAAAGCUCAUCGCUGUGGUGGUUUCGUCCGCCCUCCGUUGGAGCAGCAUCAAGGCCAACUUCGAUAUUAUUCCAUUCCUCCAGAAUGCACCGAAAGGAACGCUCCCGCAUUUGAGCCAUGUCGAACUCGAUUUGCAGAAUGCUCCCGCAGUUCAAGGGAAUCAAUCAUCCUCCUUAUUCGUCGAUGCACCGCAACUUUCUCUUGUAUCGAUAGAUAUCAACGGCAUUUCGAGGCUUCAGCUUCCCUGGUCACAGCUGAGGCAACUCGAGCUGAUAGACGAACACCACCCAUUGCUCGUUCUCGAAGCCAUUGCGCAAUGCACUUCUGCCACUCGACUCAAACUCGGCUGCAAUGCCUGGAGAGCCGACCAUGCGACCUCAUCAGGCAAUGUUGUCUCUUUGCCCCAUCUCCGAGAACUUGAGCUCGAUAUUGGGGGGGGCCUAACCAUGACUCCCAUCUUUGCUCUGUUCGCCUUUCCUUGCCUGAAAUCACUUGAAAUUAAAAUGGACGGUAUCAGCCCGCUUUCCCUGAGUACCGCCUUUCCGUCCUUCCUUCAGCGCUCCCCGAAUCUCGAGAAACUCGAAAUUUCGGACUGUGACCUGGACGCCGGCGAACUGAGCGCCAUUCUGCUAAAUAUUCCAUCACUCGUCAGCUUGGAACUUUACGGUUGCACCUCUUGUGUGGACAACAGCUUCUUCCAGCGUCUGACGUACCACGAGGCCGCACCCAAUCCCGCCGCCCCAUGCCUGCGACGCAUCAACUUUGAAUAUGUUGGCGACGACUUCGACGAGCAGCCUAUACUCGACAUGAUUCGCUCGCGCUGGUGGACAGACGAGGAACUUCAGGCUCGUGCUGUCCCUCCCAAGGUCGCAAGAUGGGAAAGCAUCACGAUAUGGGGAGACUUGGAAGACAAUCGUGAUUUUAUGGAGGAGUUUCAGGACGAGAUUGAAGAAAUUAGCGCCGAGGGACUGGCAUUGGACAUACAAUAA